AUGCCCCCAAUGCUUCGAUGGCUUGGGGAGCGAUUGGGCAAUAGUCAGUCACCAUCACACUCCAGUUCACCAUCUACAGCCAGUAGUGCUUAUUCGUCGCCUAGAAAGGAGGGCGAUCUCUCAGCCGCCUAUGCCUCGGACCCAUCACAAUGGGAGAGUUCAUUCGAAAAACUAUGGACCAAGGCGGAAAAAUGCCUAGAAAGAAUGGAAAACAACAACGAGCACGAGAUCAGUUAUGAAGAGGUCACAAUAUUCGUGAGUCUCUUGAAGGAGAUGUGCCAAUUGUUGAUGAUGGAGGUGAACGCACAGCCGGAACCGGCGAUUGGCCCUAUAUUGGAUCGGUUUUUCACUCAACAAAUCCUGGAGCGAACUAUGGAUUGGGCAAUUCAGGUUCCGUUGACGUAUAGGCCGAUAUGCCAGCUCGCUCUAAUCCGAGUCUACGACAUGAUUGUCAGCGAGAGCCACACACAAAACCAUUGUCUGUUGGUGCACAAACCGGUCUUGAUCCCGCUUUUCCGAUUAUUUGAAUGGUGUCGGAAUGAUACGGGUGCGAGGCAGCGAGGAAGAGGCGCAGAUCCAUCUGCAACUGACAAACAUUUUGUGCUUUUGCUGUAUCAGAUUUGCACAAAAAUGGCCGGCGACCCAACGCUACUCCACUUUUUCUUCACUUGCGCCGAAGGGGCCGACCAAUUCGUUGUGUUCAACCUACUCGUCAAAUUCCUCUACGAUCAGAACGACGUGGGACAGUUGGCGCGCGAUGCUCUACUCCUGAUCCUUUCGGUGUCAUCGAAAAAUAAAUCAGUUGCUGAAUUUGUUGCAAUAAAGUCUUCGUUUUGCCCGGUAUUGGCUACGGGGCUUUCCGGUUGUUUCUCCCAGCUAUCUCGAUUUUUGGGGGCGGAAAUGGAGAGAACCUUGGAUUCCGCAGCUCAUGAAGCCCUUACCGAUUUCCAUUCUAGUCUCCUUUUUUGUAAUGCUGUUGUACAGGCAGCUCACGGUGCUAUCGUCGAGAAAAUUGCUCAAUUCUUUUAUUCGGGGUUUUUGAUGUCGGUGGUAAGGCCAGCAUUAUUACAAGAAGAACGGGAAGGCGCUGCCGCGGCAACAGUCUAUUUACAAAUCUGUUUAUCCACAGUGACGGAAGAGCCACUGCUACGAACUAUCGUCCGCAUGUUACUGCUCGAAAAAGACGAUGAUGACAUUCUUCCCAUAAUUCAAAUAAUUAUUUCAAGGAUAAAGAUUGCUGAUCGACUGGGAACAGUAUCGUUGUCACUUCUUGACGAUUUGAUCCAACUGGGAUGCGAAGAUGUGAUGCUAGUGCUCGCUUUUCGGACGCUACUUCCAUUACGACAUGCCACCCGUUCAUUGUUAUCAAAAGUCCGGGACCAAAGCCAAUCGGUGCAGCUUUCGGAGAAACUGUUAGGUUGUGUGCCCCAAUGUGCUUUAAAGUAUGACGACGUUGCAUCUAGGCUUACCGUAAGCUUGUACAUGAAAGAAGGGGCUACUCUUAUUCAAAAACGAGUAGCUUCAUGCGCAAGAUGGAGAUGGAGAUACGAUGGAGUGCAGCCGAGUCCAUUAUUAUUCCGUGGAGAUUCGGAUGACGAGCGAUCGCUUCAUUCCGGUUUCCACCGACUUUCUUCUGUUAGAUCUUCCAUGUCUUCGUCAGCAAGGGGGAUAAAUCGCUAUUUCAGCUCUAAAAGUGCCCAUUUGACGGCGGAGAGUGGGGUCGGCGAAGCUGGACAUAAGCUUGCGUCAUUAGGAGGAUCUGCCGACCAAUCACCCCGCGAUAGCCGUUCUUCAUCCCCAGUCGUUGAAGAUUCCGAAUUUAUCCUUCCACCAAUCACUUCCUCAAAAAUGACGAGUUCCAUGGUAGACUAUUUUCAACUUGUUGCCUACGAUGAUCUCUCUGACGAUCCACCCUCAUCACCGGAGCGUUCAAAAGUACAAACGAAGCCUAUGAACGGUCAUUCAAACGGUGGAGAGCUGAUGUCAGAACGAGAAGAAAAAUCCGAAGCUGAAUCCUCGGCCCGCGGCUUCGACACCGAUGCAGAAAUGGCAAGGUCAUUUGUGCUCUCAGGAUUUGGUGAUGUGGAGGACCUCGAUACCUUCAAAAGUCUAUUGGAUCGACGUUUGUUAAACCCCAAAAAGAUGGCUGGACUCGCAGAAAAUAUGGCUUUCAUUGACAGCAAGAUCCAAUAUAUGAGAGAGCUGGCUGAGGAGAAGGUCGAAGAACCAGCUGAUAUCUCUGGGGCUUCUGAACCACAAAAUGAAACUGGACAUGAGGAACCGUUGAGGGGACAGCCAAUUGAGCAGGUUCCUGGAAAUGAAGAUAAAUUCUUUGUGGAUGAUUUAUUCGACCAACUGGAUUCAAUGUGUGGGCAUGGAUUGGCGUAUAACAUUCAGUUAGCGCGUGUCCUGGUUUCCCUAGCCACAUACCCGCAUCCACUGCUCGUCUCCUAUAUGUUUAAUUAUUCGAAUGAUCCCGAUUCGCAUGGGACACGAUUGUUUGAGAUUCUUGAAUCACUUCGUGACCGCGUGGAUGCAUAUGCAGAGACUGUCGAGGGUGUCGAUGUAUUUAUCGGUCGAGCCGUUCGACAGUUGAAUGCUAAAGUUGGUCGCGCAGGGCGACAGCCAGACUUUGCGACUCGUUUUAUCGAAAGUCCGCGUGAAGAUCCGAACUUAGCGCGUGGGAGGAAUUACGGUGGCUCCGGGAGGAGGAAUUAUUAUAGAUAUCACUCCCAUAAGGUGGUCGAAUCCCGAGAAGCUGCUCGCAUUGACGAAACGACAAAAUGUGUCGUCCAUUCCGCUAUCGUUCUUGCUCAUCUUGUUCAACAACUAGCAGGAAUUGUCCUCCACUAUCCAAUCGCUGUCCUCAACCAGUACAAUCCUCCAAAUAAUUCA